CCUAGCGCCCUCGGCCAUGGUGUCUCCUGGUUCCGUGACCAACCGGCUGGGCUCGGUGUUCCCCUUCCUGCUAGUCCUGGUAGAUCUGCAGUACGAAGGUGCAGAAUGUGGAAUAAAUGGAGACGUUGAAAAACAUCUUGAAAUGGGCAAGAAAUUAUUGGCAGCAGGACAACUAGCAGAUGCCUUAUCUCAGUUUCAUGCUGCAGUAGAUGGUGAUCCAGACAACUACAUUGCUUAUUAUCGAAGAGCUACUGUUUACUUAGCCAUGGGCAAAUCUAAAGCAGCAAUUCCUGAUUUAAGUAAAGUGGUUGAGUUGAAGACUGAUUUUACAGCAGCACGAUUACAGAGAGGUCACUUACUACUUAAGCAAGGAAAGCUUGAUGAAGCAGAGGAUGACUUUAAAAAAGUGCUAAAAUCUCAUCCUAGUGAGAAUGAAGAAAAGGAAGCCCAGUCUCAGCUACUAAAAGCUGAUGAAAUGCAGCGCUUACGUUCACAAGCACACUCUGCUUUUGAUCGGGCAGAUUAUCGAGCUGCAAUAACUUUCCUUGAUAGUAUUUUAGAGGUUUGUGUUUGGGAUGCAGAGCUGCGAGAACUUCGGGCCGAAUGCUUUAUAAAGGAAGGGGAGCCAGGGAAAGCUAUUAGUGAUUUAAAAUCUGCUUCCAAAUUGAAGAAUGACAAUACUGAGGCUUUUUAUAAAAUCAGCACAAUAUAUUAUCAGCUGGGAGAUCAUGAACUGUCACUCAGUGAAGUCCGAGAAUGUUUAAAACUUGACCAAGAUCAUAAAAGGUGCUUUGCACACUAUAAGCAAGUAAAGAAACUUAAUAAACUUAUUGAGUCAGCAGAGGAGCUCAUCAGAGAAGGCAGAUACAUAGAUGCCGUUAGCAAAUAUGAAUCUGUAAUGAAAACAGAACCAAAUACACCUGUUUAUACUAUUCGUUCCAAAGAGAGGAUUUGCCAUUGCUUCUCCAAGGAUGAAAAACCUGUUGAAGCCAUUAAAGCAUGUUCAGAAGUUUUACAGUUGGAACCUGCCAAUGUGAAUGCUCUCAAAGAUAGAGCAGAAGCCUAUUUAAUAGAGGAAAUGUAUGAUGAAGCUAUUCAGGAUUAUGAAACUGCACAGGAACACAAUGAAAAUGAUCAACAGAUUCGAGAAGGACUAGAGAAAGCUCAGAGACUCUUGAAACAGUCACAGAAAAGAGAUUAUUACAAAAUCUUGGGAGUAAAAAGAAAUGCUAAAAAACAAGAAAUCAUCAAGGCAUACAGAAAGUUAGCAUUGCAGUGGCACCCAGAUAAUUUUCAGAAUGAAGAAGAAAAGAAAAAAGCAGAGAAAAAAUUUAUCGACAUAGCAGCUGCUAAAGAAGUCCUUUCUGAUCCAGAAAUGAGGAAAAAGUUUGAUGAAGGAGAAGAUCCCUUGGAU